GUCAAAUCCCAACAGAUAGAGAGAGAAAGACAGAGAGAGAGAGAGAGGGGCGGGGAGCCACCAUCAUCGUCAUCCCAUUACUGAUUACACUGAAACUGGUGUUGGUUACCAAUAUCGCCUUUACUCCAUAAACACGCUUAUUUAUUUAUGUUCUUUCUUGUUCACACUUCACAGAGGAUGAGAGGUUGAGAGAGAGAGAGAGAGUUCUCCUACACGGUGACGUCGCAAGAAGACCCAAAAAACCCAUACGGAACAAACACAGGCACACUUCCCAUGGUAAUGAGUGAAUAGUCUUCCCAGAACCGACAUCUAUUAUCUCUGCUAUGUUUCUCCUCAAAUGAAGAUUUUUUUGUUUUUCUGCUUCUUCUUUUAGUCACCCUUAUUCAAUUAGAUCUUGUCUAGACUCUCUCUGCUUCUUCACAUGGAGAACGGGAAUAAGCAGCAGCAGCAGCAGCAGCAGCAGCAACAGCAACAGCAGCAGCUGAAGAAGAAGAAGUGUUUCCUACCACUUGUGUGCUCUCUACUCUUGUCUUCCCUCUUCAUCUCUGCUUCUUUUUUAUCUUAUUACGGCCUUUCACCAUUUAUCCGUAGCUUACCCGAAAGAAAGACUCCAUUUUUCGUUGAAUCGAAGCUGCGAAUCUCUUCUACUUCUUCCAUUAACUCGAUUCCACGGAUCGCUUACCUUAUCUCUGGAUCUGCUGGAGAUGGGGAAAGUUUGAAGAGGACACUUAAAGCCCUUUAUCACCCAUUCAACCAGUAUGUUGUUCAUUUGGACCUCGAAGCUUCUCCGGCCGAGCGGCUUGACUUGCUCGAUUUUGUACGGCGUGAGCCUCUUUUUGUUAAGGUGGGUAAUGUUCGGGCUGUUGUGAGAUCGAAUUUGGUGACUUACAGGGGGCCGACGAUGGUUAGUAAUACGCUUCACGCGGCUGCCAUUUUGUUCAGGGAAGGGGGAGAUUGGGAUUGGUUCAUUAAUCUCAGCGCUUCAGAUUAUCCUUUGAUCACACAAGAUGAUCUGCUUCAUACACUGUCGCCCAUUCCAAGACUCCUCAACUUUAUUGAGCAUACAAGUGACAUUGGAUGGAAAGAGGACCAGAGAGCCAAGCCCAUCAUCAUAGAUCCUGGUCUUUAUAGCCUGCAAAAAUCUGACGUUUUCUGGGUUUCAGAGAAAAGGAGUAUACCUACAGCAUUUAAGUUGUUUACAGGUUCUGCGUGGAUGAUGCUAUCUCGCCCAUUCAUCGAAUAUCUUUUAUGGGGUUGGGACAACCUCCCACGUGUUGUCCUGAUGUACUAUGCCAACUUCCUGUCUUCACCUGAGGGUUACUUCCACACAGUCAUUUGCAAUGCUGUUGAGUUCCGCAACCAUACUGUUAACCAUGACCUCCACUUCAUCUCUUGGGAUAAUCCCCCAAAACAGCAUCCCCAUUUCCUCAAUGUCAAUGACUUCCAGAGAAUGGUUGACAGCAAUGCUCCCUUUGCUAGGAAGUUUGGCAGGAACGAAUCAGUGCUCGACAAGAUUGAUGAGGAGCUCUUGAACCGUUCAGCUGAUGGAUUUGUCCAUGGUGGAUGGUUUGAUGAGUGGAAAAACAUGAGCUCAAGUGUCCCACGUUACUCCCUGGUGAAUGCAACUGUGCUUAGGCCUGGGCCUGGUGCUGAACGACUCAAACGUCUCAUAAAUGGUUUGCUGUCGGAUGAAAAUUUCCAUGCAAAGCAGUGUACAUGACACCAAAGUGAGCAGAAUGACAGUUUAUGUACUGAAGAUGAUGAUCUUCAUACGUUGUACUAUACUAUAACACACCCAACUGGUUAUGGGAGCUGCUUGUUUUGCUUGUAGUCCAUGCUACUCUGUUUGGUAUAAUAACUCCAGGUGGAUGAAUUCUCCUUCCGGGUAAUGAUGGAUUUGAGAAGGCUUGGGGGGUUAGAGAGGAGAAUGAGUGGAAUGGUUAUGCAUGGGCUAUAGCAAUUCCAAGUAUGGGAGUGAGCAGAGUCCUCUAGUGCUGGCCUAACCAUUUAUCAUCUAUUGUCUGUGCUCUGUUUUGAUGUACAAUGGCCUAUAAUGCUGUUUUAAGUAUCUCAGUAGGGAAAUGAGUAAAUUUGGAUACGCUCUA